UUACAAAUUGAAGUGAGAAUAAUCUUUUGGCAAGCUUGAUUUUAUUUUUCUUUUAUGAGCUUGAUUAUUCUCUCACAUGUCAGUUAUAUAUUGUUAGGUUCAUAUUAUAAGAUGAACAGGAGGAAGAAAGAUUUCGGGAUAGGAGACAAUGAAAGCGAAUUCUACGAUGGGAAGAUGAAAAAGAAUGAGCAGUCAAUGUCGUCGGCAUCUAUAACAUCAUCGGUGAAAGAGGAUAUGGAACCUGUGCAGUGUAGGUGCGGACUUAGAAGCCCAAUUAUAACAUCCACUACUAUAAAAAAUCCUGGGAGGCGAUUCUAUGGGUGUGCUAUGUAUGACCGUAAAAAGAAAGCUGGCCAAUGUCCUUUUUUCCAAUGGUAUGACAAAGAAACCUGUGCUCGCGGAAGGGAGGUCCUACCUGCGCUGUAUAAACAAGUUCAUUCCCUGAAAUGUGAAGUGUCAUUACUUAGGGGCAAACUAAAGAUCCAAACAUAUUUGUUGGUUUUUUUGUUGGUGAUUUGUGUACUGUUGAUUUGUCUAAGGUUGAUGGGGCAUUGAGGCAUGGGAAUGAGGCAAUUAGAUUAUUAUCAGUGAAAUAGACUAUCUGUUUU